AUGGUUUUGCACCCUGCACAUUUAAAGCAUUUGCAAUUAUUACUGAAUUACUACUUAUCUCAACAAAUUUCGUUUUAUUUCCAUUUUUGCUUACAGAAUCUCCAAGAAUUAAAACCUUUGGAUCAGUGUCUAAUUGGACAGACUAAGGAAAACAGAAGAAAGAACCGAUAUAAAAAUAUACUUCCCUACGAUGCUACAAGAGUGCCUCUUGGAGAUGAAGGUGGCUAUAUCAACGCCAGCUUCAUUAAGGUACCAGUGGGCAAAGAAGAGUUCGUUUACAUUGCCUGCCAAGGACCUCUCCCAACAACCGUUGGAGAUUUCUGGCAGAUGAUUUGGGAACAAAAAUCCACAGUGAUAGCCAUGAUGACCCAAGAAGUAGAAGGGGAAAAAAUCAAAUGCCAGCGCUACUGGCCUAACAUCCUAGGCAGAACAACCAUGGUCAGCGACAGGCUCCGACUGGCUCUCGUGAGAAUGCAGCAGCUGAAGGGCUUCGUAGUAAGAGCAAUGACCCUUGAAGAUAUUCAGACAGGAGAGGUGCGACAUAUUUCUCAUCUGAACUUCAUUGCCUGGCCAGACCAUGAUACACCUUCUCAGCCAGACGACCUGCUCACUUUUAUCUCUUACAUGAGACACAUUCACAGAUCGGGCCCCAUCAUCACACACUGCAGCGCUGGCAUUGGACGUUCCGGGACCCUGAUAUGCAUAGAUGUGGUUCUAGGAUUAAUCAGUCAAGAUCUUGAAUUUGACAUCUCUGAUUUAGUGCGCUGCAUGAGACUACAAAGACAUGGAAUGGUUCAGACAGAGGAUCAAUAUAUUUUCUGCUAUCAAGUCAUCCUUUACGUCCUGACACGCCUUCAAGCAGAAGAAGAGCAAAGAGAGCAGCCCCAGCCUCUGAAAUGACAUGGACAGAACAGCCUCUGAUAUCUGUCCAUUUCCCUCCUAACUUCAGCAGACACUCCUGCUGUCUAUUUAAAACAAAGAUCACAGGGCAGCAAGUCCAUACAACAUCAUUAGGCUUAUUCUCCUCUACCUUAGAGGGGCAUUCUUAGUAACAAUAAAUAAUGUUGAAAUGCUGUAUUUUUUUUACAGCUACUUUAACCUGUGAUAAUUAUUAAAGUUUUUUCUAACACUAACUGAAUAAUGCAAAUUUUAGGGAUGAUUAAGGCAGCAUUUGAUUAUAGUUGACAUUGUUACCAGGACACACCAAGUCUGUUUUUAAUGCACCAAUCUUGUUUAUAGCAAAAUUAUUUUCCAGUAUUUUAAUAAACUAGAGUUAUUUUAUAGGGGAUACUUGAAACCAGUAUUUAAGCUUUAAAUGACAGUAAUAUUGGCAUAGAAAAACAGGUAGCAAAUGUUUACUGUAUCAGUUUCUAAUGUUUACUAUAUAGAACUUCCUGUAAUAUAUUUAUAUACUUUUUCAUGAAAAUGGAGAUAUCAGAUACAUUUGUAACUGCAUCAUCUGUUAUACAAUAUCAUCUCACUUUGUAAAUAAAAAUACACCUUAAAACAUGAACAAGCCAAAAGUGUGUGCAGACAAAUUA